AUUCUGCUGGCUGCGCGGUGGCGGCGGCUGUGUGUGCGCCGCGCCUUGCCGCCCCCCCUGGCCCUCCGAGCCCGGGGCGCGCGCUCCCGCCCGGGCCGUCCGGGCCCCGCGGCGCCGCGGCCCGAGGCCCCGGGAAGCGCAGCCAUGGCUCUGCGGAGGCUGGGGGCCGCGCUGCUGCUGCUGCCGCUGCUCGCCGCCGUGGAAGAAACGCUAAUGGACUCCACUACAGCGACCGCUGAGCUGGGCUGGAUGGUGCAUCCUCCAUCAGGGUGGGAAGAGGUGAGUGGCUACGAUGAGAACAUGAACACAAUCCGCACGUACCAGGUGUGCAACGUGUUUGAGUCAAGCCAGAACAACUGGCUACGGACCAAGUUUAUCCGGCGCCGUGGCGCCCACCGCAUCCACGUGGAGAUGAAGUUUUCGGUGCGUGACUGCAGCAGCAUCCCCAGCGUGCCUGGCUCCUGCAAGGAGACCUUCAACCUCUAUUACUAUGAGGCUGACUUUGACUCGGCCACCAAGACCUUCCCCAACUGGAUGGAGAAUCCAUGGGUGAAGGUGGAUACCAUUGCAGCCGACGAGAGCUUCUCCCAGGUGGACCUGGGUGGCCGCGUCAUGAAAAUCAACACCGAGGUGCGGAGCUUCGGACCUGUGUCCCGCAGCGGCUUCUACCUGGCCUUCCAGGACUAUGGCGGCUGCAUGUCCCUCAUCGCCGUGCGUGUCUUCUACCGCAAGUGCCCCCGCAUCAUCCAGAAUGGCGCCAUCUUCCAGGAAACCCUGUCGGGGGCUGAGAGCACAUCGCUGGUGGCUGCCCGGGGCAGCUGCAUCGCCAAUGCGGAAGAGGUGGAUGUACCCAUCAAGCUCUACUGUAACGGGGACGGCGAGUGGCUGGUGCCCAUCGGGCGCUGCAUGUGCAAAGCAGGCUUCGAGGCCGUUGAGAAUGGCACCGUCUGCCGAGGUUGUCCAUCUGGGACUUUCAAGGCCAACCAAGGGGAUGAGGCCUGUACCCACUGUCCCAUCAACAGCCGGACCACUUCUGAAGGGGCCACCAACUGUGUCUGCCGCAAUGGCUACUACAGAGCAGACCUGGACCCCCUGGACAUGCCCUGCACAACCAUCCCCUCCGCGCCCCAGGCUGUGAUUUCCAGUGUCAAUGAGACCUCCCUCAUGCUGGAGUGGACCCCUCCCCGCGACUCCGGAGGCCGAGAGGACCUCGUCUACAACAUCAUCUGCAAGAGCUGUGGCUCGGGCCGGGGCGCCUGCACCCGCUGCGGGGACAAUGUACAGUACGCACCACGCCAGCUAGGCCUGACCGAGCCACGCAUUUACAUCAGUGACCUGCUGGCCCACACCCAGUACACCUUCGAGAUCCAGGCUGUGAACGGCGUUACUGACCAGAGCCCCUUCUCGCCUCAGUUCGCCUCUGUGAACAUCACCACCAACCAGGCAGCUCCGUCGGCAGUGUCCAUCAUGCAUCAGGUGAGCCGCACCGUGGACAGCAUUACCCUGUCGUGGUCCCAGCCGGACCAGCCCAAUGGCGUGAUCCUGGACUAUGAGCUGCAGUACUAUGAGAAGGAGCUCAGUGAGUACAACGCCACAGCCAUAAAAAGCCCCACCAACACGGUCACCGUGCAGGGCCUCAAAGCCGGCGCCAUCUAUGUCUUCCAGGUGCGGGCACGCACCGUGGCAGGCUACGGGCGCUACAGCGGCAAGAUGUACUUCCAGACCAUGACAGAAGCCGAGUACCAGACAAGCAUCCAGGAGAAGUUGCCACUCAUCAUCGGCUCCUCAGCCGCUGGCCUGGUCUUCCUCAUUGCUGUGGUUGUCAUCGCCAUCGUGUGUAACAGACGGGGGUUUGAGCGUGCUGACUCGGAGUACACGGACAAGCUGCAACACUACACCAGUGGCCACAUGACCCCAGGCAUGAAGAUCUACAUCGAUCCUUUCACCUACGAGGACCCCAAUGAGGCAGUGCGGGAGUUUGCCAAGGAAAUUGACAUCUCCUGUGUCAAAAUUGAGCAGGUGAUCGGAGCAGGGGAGUUUGGCGAGGUCUGCAGUGGCCACCUGAAGCUGCCAGGCAAGAGAGAGAUCUUUGUGGCCAUCAAGACGCUCAAGUCGGGCUACACGGAGAAGCAGCGCCGGGACUUCCUGAGCGAAGCCUCCAUCAUGGGCCAGUUCGACCAUCCCAACGUCAUCCACCUGGAGGGUGUCGUGACCAAGAGCACACCUGUGAUGAUCAUCACCGAGUUCAUGGAGAAUGGCUCCCUGGACUCCUUUCUCCGGCAAAACGAUGGGCAGUUCACAGUCAUCCAGCUGGUGGGCAUGCUUCGGGGCAUCGCAGCCGGCAUGAAGUACCUGGCAGACAUGAACUAUGUUCACCGUGACCUGGCUGCCCGCAACAUCCUCGUCAACAGCAACCUGGUCUGCAAGGUGUCAGACUUUGGGCUCUCACGCUUUCUAGAGGACGAUACCUCAGACCCCACCUACACCAGUGCCCUGGGCGGAAAGAUCCCCAUCCGCUGGACAGCCCCGGAAGCCAUCCAGUACCGGAAGUUCACCUCGGCCAGUGAUGUGUGGAGCUACGGCAUUGUCAUGUGGGAGGUGAUGUCCUAUGGGGAGCGGCCCUACUGGGACAUGACCAACCAGGACGUAAUCAAUGCCAUUGAGCAGGACUAUCGGCUGCCACCGCCCAUGGACUGCCCGAGCGCCCUGCACCAACUCAUGCUGGACUGUUGGCAGAAGGACCGCAACCACCGGCCCAAGUUCGGCCAAAUUGUCAACACGCUAGACAAGAUGAUCCGCAAUCCCAACAGCCUCAAAGCCAUGGCGCCCCUCUCCUCUGGCAUCAACCUGCCGCUGCUGGACCGCACGAUCCCCGACUACACCAGCUUUAACACGGUGGACGAGUGGCUGGAGGCCAUCAAGAUGGGGCAGUACAAGGAGAGCUUCGCCAAUGCCGGCUUCACCUCCUUUGACGUCGUGUCUCAGAUGAUGAUGGAGGACAUUCUCCGGGUUGGGGUCACUUUGGCUGGCCACCAGAAAAAAAUCCUGAACAGUAUCCAGGUGAUGCGGGCGCAGAUGAACCAGAUUCAGUCUGUGGAGGGCCAGCCACUCGCCAGGAGGCCACGGGCCACGGGAAGAACCAAGCGGCGCCAGCCACGAGACGUCACCAAGAAAACAUGCAACUCAAACGACGGAAAAAAAAAGGGAAUGGGAAAAAAGAAAACAGAUCCUGGGAGGGGGCGGGAAAUACAAGGAAUAUUUUUUAAAGAGGAUUCUCAUAAGGAAAGCAAUGACUGUUCUUGCGGGGGAUAAAAAAGGGCUUGGGAGAUUCAUGCGAUGUGUCCAAUCGGAGACAAAAGCAGUUUCUCUCCAACUCCCUCUGGGAAGGUGACCUGGCCAGAGCCAAGAAACACUUUCAGAAAAACAAAUGUGAAGGGGAGAGACAGGGGCCGCCCUUGGCUCCUGUCCCUGCUGCUCCUCUAGGCCUCACUCAACAACCAAGCGCCUGGAGGACGGGACAGAUGGACAGACAGCCACCCUGAGAACCCCUCUGGGAAAAUCUAUUCCUGCCACCACUGGGCAAACAGAAGAAUUUUUCUGUCUUUGGAGAGUAUUUUAGAAAUUCCAAUGAAAGACACUGUUUCUCCUGUUGGCUCACAGGGCUGAAAGGGGCUUUUGUCCUCCUGGGUCAGGGAGAACGCGGGGACCCCAGAAAGGUCAGCCUUCCGGAGGAUGGCCACCCCCCAGGUCUGCAGCUCCAGGUACAUAUCACGCGCACAGCCUGGCAGCCUGGCCCGCCUGGUGCCCACUCCCGCCAGCCCCCGCCUCGAGGACUGAUACUGCAGUGACUGCCGUCAGCUCCGACUGCCGCUGAGAAGGGUUGAUCCUGCAUCUGGGUUUGUUUACAGCAAUUCCUGGACUCGGGGGUAUUUUGGUCACAGGGUGGUUUUGGUUUAGGGGGUUUGUUUGUUGGGUUGUUUUUUGUUUUUUGGUUUUUUUUUAAUGACAAUGAAGUGACACUUUGACAUUUCCUACCUUUUGAGGACUUGAUCCUUCUCCAGGAAGAAGGUGCUUUCUGCUUACUGACUUAGGCAAUACACCAAGGGCGAGAUUUUAUAUGCACAUUUCUGGAUUUUUUUAUACGGUUUUCAUUGACACUCUUCCCUCCUCCCACCUGCCACCAGGCCUCACCAAAGCCCACUGCCAUGGGGCCAUCUGGGCCAUUCAGAGACUGGAGUGAGAUUUGGGUGUGGAGGGGGAGGCGCCAAGGUGGAGGAGCUUCCCACUCCAGGACUGUUGAUGAAAGGGACAGAUUGAGGAGGAAGUGGGCUCUGAGGCUGCAGGGCUGGAAGUCCUUGCCCACUUCCCACUCUCCUGCCCCAAUCUAUCUAGUACUUCCCAAGCAAAUAGGCCCCUUUGAGGCUCCUGAGUGCCCUCAGAUGGUCAAAACCCAGUUUUGCCUCUGGGAGCCUAAACCAGGCUGCAUCGGAGGCCAGGACCCGGAUCAUUCACUGUGAUACCCUGCCCUCCAGAGGGUGCGCUCAUGCUCAGAGACACGGGCAAGCAUGCUUCUUCCCUUCCCUGGAGAGAAAGUGUGUGAUUUCUCUCCCACCUCCUUCCCCCCACCAGACCUUUGCUGGGCCUAAAGGUCUUGGCCAUGGGGAAGCCCUCAGUCUAGGGAUCUGGCCACAGACUCCCUCCUGUGAGCCAACACAGACACCCAAGCAGAGCAAUCAGUUAGUGAAUUGAAUGGAAAUAAACGCUUUAGUUAUAAUAUGACCCCUGUUCUCUGUAAGUUCCAAGGGAGACCUUGGUACCCUUGGGAUGCACGUGACCCAGGUGCUAAGGGUUGCUCUUCUAAGCAGCCCUUCCUCCCUCAGGCUUCCAGAAAGCCCAGGGCAGAGAAAACACAUGGAGAACGACAGCUCCACGUGGCCUUUCUGGCCCUGGCUUGUCAAAAGCACAGGCAACAAAGGAAGUGAGUUGGAAGUGGCUCAGAACUCAGCCUUCGAUGCCCUGGGAAUCAGGGUGAGCCCCUGCAGGUACAUAAGUAGCAGAGAAUUGACGAGAGUGCACUCGGAAGAGGGUCUGGGUGUCAGGUGAGCUGUCACAGUGGGAACGUGAGGGUCUUAGAGUGCUCAUGGACCCCCAGGCACAGCCAACUCUGGUUUUCUCUGUGCAAAUGAGCUCUUGCUCACAUUAAAAUCAGAAUUGUCCACGUGGCAGGAGGAGGCAGGGAGAUGGAUGUGCCAUGGAUAUCGGGUCUGACUGAGGAAGGGGAGCCAAGGAGACUACCUCUCGGGACCUUUCCCAGAUCCGAGGAGAUGGCCAGUGAGAAAGAUUCGGGCCACAGGCAGCCAGCUAGAAGCGCCACGGUCAGAGUGAACAUCCAGCACAGCACAGCCCAUCGUCUGUCACUCACCUGUUCCGGGAGCCUGAGCUGCAAAGGGAAGGAAGGGAUUAGAGAGAAGUGUGGGCCCCCCAUGGGGACAGCAGGACGAGCCACAGGGAAAGCAUUGGCAGGUUUCCCACAAACUGGCCGGCAGUGGCCCACUGGCCUUCACUUUGUGCCCCAAAGGUGCCCUGCGCGGGUGGCAGCUGUCUCGGCACACAAGGUCACCUUCUGGCGGGAGCUGCCCUGAUGCUCUUUAGAUUAGUUCUGUCUCCCCAGCCCACCCCCCAACUGUUCUGGGGCCCCACAUGGGGCUGGCAGUCGGUGCUUCCCGUCAGAUGGCUUCCUGUCCUAAGCCGCUGAGCUGGUGACCACUAGCCAGCAUGUCUGCCCCUCCACCCUCCAGGGCCGAGGUCCUCAGUGGCCAUGGCCCCCUGCAAACCUGCUUCCCAGAGCACAGGUGCUACCAGACCUCUGUGUCUCCACUUCAGGGUAACAAACAGAUGUCACUGUGACUGUCCCAGGGGUACAGGCGCUGCUCACAUCUCUUCCACCCCCACCCACCCACCCCACCCGCUACCGGGGCAGUCGCCCCGCCCCAACCUCUUGCUUGCUGCUCAGCGGGGAGUGGCAGGCCGUGUUGCCAAGCGCCUUCCACUUACACCACCCGCUCGCCCAGGCACACAGCUCUGAGCCACCCGCUGCCUGGUUACUAAUCCUUUCCUGGCUCAACCUCCCCAAGUGCCAGCCCCCGCCUGCCCAGCAGUGUUAGGGGAGUUUCCGGCUGCUCUGCACACAGUUGGUACUGCAGGAAAGAAAGCUGCCUUGUAAACACAGGCCAGGGCACCGUGGAAAUGGGGACCAGCUGCUCUGGGAGGGUGCAGCUAGCAGAGCUGUGCAGCGCCAGGCUGGGUAGGAGAGAGCCAUGCUACCCACCCGCACCCCUACUGCUACGAAGCCCCCAGAAUGGGUCAUUGUUGGUGCUCAGCAGUCCUCUCCCUGGGGGAUGAUAUCCGAAAUAUCAACUGCGAAGACUCGGGCAGACCAAUCAGAAUAGAUGAUGGCCUGAGUGCUGGACCAGAGGCCUCAGAGCAGGGACCCGGGUGGCGGGGCAGUAGGAGACACUGAAGGGACUCAGGGCUAUGGCUGUUUACUAACCAGCAGUGCCUCUUACUCAGAUGGCAUCAGCUGAACUUUCCCCAUCAUCUCUAGUUGGUCCCCACCCUGCCACCAUCUAGGGGCUUCUCUGCCACCACCUUGUGAGCAGUCGCUAGCCUCACACUCCUCUCCCAUCAGGGGCUCAUCUCCAAAAGGCUGGGAGCUCCCACCCUGCCCAGUUAAUCCUCCUGCCUCACUGAAGCACAGGAAGGACCCAGGCCCCAGACCAUCACCCACCCCAGGGCUGGGCCCUGGGCCACUCCUGGCUCACUCCAGGGCCCCUGUUGUUUGAAGAUGGUACCAAAGGCUGGAAGACUUGCUAGGGAAGAUAACGUAAAUGCAUUCAAAAGACAGGGUACCACAUGAUGCUAGGGAAAGUGCAUCAUGACCGCAGGGUAGCAGCCUGCUCCUGUCACUAGGGAUGUGAAUCUGGGGAGACACUUCCCCUCACUGAGCCAUCUGUAAAAUGAGAGCAUUGGACUGGGUGAGGCAGGCUGUGCAAAACACUUAUACACCUUAGUCCCAUGAGGAAGGAGUAUUCCCCCCUGCAUAUUUUGGGGGAAACUGAGGCUCAGGGGGAUGAAGUACUUUGCUCAGGAUAACACAGCCAGGAAGGAGCAGAGCAAGGCCAUGAGCUUUGGAUUUUUCUGUUUCCAAUGUCUCCUCUACCAUGCUCAAUUAGGUGACGAGAAACAGUUGGUGUCUGAUGCUGGCCAGUAAGAGAAAAGAAAGCUCAAGUGGGCUGGGGCUGUCAGGGAGGGCUUCAUGGAGAGGCUGUCUUGAAAAUGACAGAGGUCAAAAGAAAGGUCACUCCAAGACGCAGCUGCCAGAAUGGUCCAACACAGUGAGGAGUUGUGUCUGGAUGGGCCCGUGGAACGGGGGAAGUGAAGGUUGAUAUAAGUGGAGGUUGAGGCAGUUUAGGCGUGAUGUACAGUCCAGCCACAGCAGGUUCUUGAGCAGGAGAGUAGCAUAGUGAGCAUCAGGUUCUAGGAAGAAGCACCAGUUCAGUCAUCAGAUGGGGCAGGAUGCCUCCCAGCUACUCCUCUCCCCGAGAAGGAAUUGCCCCCGGAGCGGCCCUCAUUUAUUCCAGGAGAAGCCAGGCCCUGCUGCUUCAGUUUCCAUCCUCACUGACGCAGAUAAUCCAAAGAGUCACUUCAGCUGCUUGGAACAGCAGGGUUGGGUCUUGUGCUACCUGAUUCUUAAUUUGGCUGAUGUCUACCCCAUUUCCUCCAGGCUUCUCUAGAGGUGGCAGGGGUGGGGUGGGGAGAAAGCUGCCAGACACCAAAGGAGCUGAGCCUGGCGGGGGCGGGCGUGCGGGUGGGCAUGAGAAGUUGCUCAGGAAACCCAUCCCUGCCCUGGUCACCCUAGUCCUGGAGAGAUCACCCAGACGUGUUGGAAUGAGUCUGGGGUCCUGUCUUUUCCAAUAAUGUGUUAUCCUGGGGAAACCCAGAGGGAAGUUGAGGGAGCCCCACUGUGCUGUGUGAUGCUACACACGCAUGCGAAUACACCACCAGGCGGCCUUGACCCAGCCUUCUGCAAAAUGGCUUCUGCCAUCAAACUUAAGGUGGAGAAUGGUCUUGCAGCUGCCAGUUUUUCCUUCAGAGAAACUAAGGUCAGAGUGUUGGCUGCAGAAAAGGACUUGGCCUUUGUCACAUAACAGGAAAGAGAGUCAACUCCGGGCACACCCCCUCGGAGGCUAAUCUCAGGAGGUUGGAACCACAGGGAUUGCAAUAAUCGCUGAAUACUUACCAUAUGCCAGGUGCCAAAGCAUUAUCCUCUCCACUUUACGAGUGAGGAAACUGAUUCCCAGAGGUGAUUCCCAGAAGAUUCCAACCAGGCCAUCUGUCUGUAGUCCUUCCUUCCCACCUCCUGGGAUUUCUCAAAAUGUUUGCCAUCGCCCACCUGUAUCAGAAUCUCCUGGGCUAUUUAUUUUUUAACUUGCAGACUCCUGGGCGCCACCCCAACCCCCUAAAUCAGAAUCCCUGGGGUUGGGCCCAAGAGUCUCCAUUUUUUGACAAGCUCCUCCAGGAGAUUCCUCCAGACAUGGAAAUCCUCACUUGACUCUUCCCCCACAACAAACUGCCCUGAUGUCUGCAGAGAGAGGGUCUGCUGUAGACAGGGAUUAAGAAAAAGCAGGACAUUUUCAGAUAGGAUGCCCAAACCCAGAUGCAGAUUAGGACCCAUGAAGUAGGGGGUAGAGCUGACCCUCAGGAAUGUGCCCAGACAGAGCUAAGCUUUCAGGAAAAUUAGAAAGACCCUCAGACCCAGAGUCUGUCUGAGUUUAGCUUCGCAGCAUGAAGGCUGCCUUGAGAAAGCUGAUAUAACAAGAAGCAGCAGAAAUUUAAUACUUUGGAGGGGCCCAGCAACCCACUCAGGGCCACCCUGGGAGACCCCACAGACCCCAAGGCUAUGGACCAGACCUGCUCGCUCAACACCUGGCCAGGUGGGGCCUCCAGCUGGACCUAGAGCUACAGAUGCCCCACCACCACUACCAAGCCCGGCUACCCAGACCAAGACACGGCUUUUCCUGGAGGAGGGAGAGAGCAAAGGCCCUGUCUCUACCCAAGACCUAACGGCCCCUGUUGAAGGAGAGGGAGCAGGAGAGGGAGGAGGGAGGAGGUCACAGCCAGGACCACAUACACUCUUGGGGGCCCUGCUGAGACUGCAAGAGUCAAGAAUUCUAACGUUCCACAGGUGAAAGAUUCCAAGAUUCUAGGAUUGCAAAGCCCCAUCAUUCUAAGAUUCCAAUGGAAUGAUUCCAUGUUUCUAAGAUUCCAUCACACUAUGAUUCUAUGCUGCUAAUUCUUGAAAUUUCGAGUCUCGUUGUUCGUUGCUGUUCCCCAGACCUGUGGGCCCUAGCAUUUUUUUAAAAGCACAAAAAAAAAAGAGCAAGAAAGAGAGAAAGAGAUGGGGAGGGAAACAGCUGAAAACAGACACUAAGAAAAGCCCCAUCCCUUGGAUCUGAGUUACAGAUGCACCUUGGCAAGGGCCAAAGACCCUCCUUUUGAGUGGGGUGUGGAACGUCUUUCCCUGGUAGAGUGGCAGAAUUGCAUGCAUCAGCCCUUCCUGGGGGGAAAAGGGGCUGGUUGUUCCAGGCUACAGCUGAGUAAAGCCCCACACAGGCCACAGUGCCCACUGGCUGGUGGACCUAGGAACCAAGCAGGGCCCCACUGGCUCAGUCUGGGGAGGGACUCUUCUGGGGUGGAAUUUCCCUCCCUGCAGCAAGGAAGCUGCAGGGCCAGGAAUUUGCCUUGGGAGACCCCCACUGAGGAAUAUUUCCGAAGCAGAACCCCUUCCUAUUCAGAGCCAGAGUCUUAACACUGGACAACCACAGGGUCUUGCUGCAAACUCCAGAGCCAGGUGCCUUCCCUCUGACAUUUGGGACAUAGCUUCCAUGGGCACACAGCCUUCACCCCCUUCCAAGACCCCCCUUGACCUUUCUAAUCUUAGUCACUGCCUUCCAGAGCUGGGAGACCACACGGCAGAGGUGCCUGUGAAUCACUCCGUCAUCAGCCUGGCCGCUUUCCCCUCUGUGGAGAGGGACUCUGAUGGGCAGGGGGCACCAAGUUGAGCCUCUGAGGCUGGCCCAGCAUAGGCCAGGCAGGGACAUUCACUCACAACCAGCCUUCUUGGACUCUAGAGAAGAGUAAUUACCACUUGGUCAUGCCCAGCCCCCAAAUCAUAAUCAUAGCUGCUAUUUCUUGAGUGCCAGCAAUGUGCCAGGCACCGUGCCCAACUUUUUAUACACAAUGUCUUGCCUAAUCCUCACACCUCUGUGAGACAGGUACAAUUAUUACUCCCAUUCCACAGACUAGGAAACUCAGAGACGUGACAUGGUGGCUCUCCCAGGUCACACAGCCAGUAAGUGGCCUCUGACCCCAGCACCCCCCACUUAAUCACUAUGCUAUGCUGCUACCAGUGGUACACACUCAGCCCCUCUCCACUGUCAGAUCCUUUGCCAGUCAAAUCCCAGAUCCCCGGGGGGGCACUGUGGCACCCUCUUUGAGCGUGGCCUCCCUGGAGCUGCUGUCAGAGCCACGGGCUGUGGGAGUGAGUGUGCACACUCCUUCUCCUGAAGUGUCUGCCCCAGCCUGAGCUAUGCAGACCAGAGCUCUCAACCAGGGUAUGGGGCUGUCUGGCAGGGUUUCCCAGAACCCUGUUUCCUGUGGUCAUAAAUAUGGGUUUUCCUGACAAUGUUGGGAGGUCAGGGACUGAUACAGCUGGGGUUCCGAUGGCCGUGGGUCAGACCUGGCUCCUCCGGACCCCACUGCUGUGACCAAGGAAAUCUCACCAGCUGUGUCCAAGAUCAACUCUGACCCUGUUACUCCAAUGCCUUUGUAGGAGUAUUUUUAGCAGAACCUUUUUUUUUCCCAAAAUAAAUGUGAAUUGUAAAAAUUA